ACUCUUCCACGCAGCACGCCGCACGCAGCACGCCCCGCGCCCCCGCCACCAUGGUCACCUACAACGGCGAGUACAAGCUGGCGUCGUCCGACAAGUUCGACGAGGUGAUGAAGGCCAUGGGGGUCGGCCUCAUCACAAGGAAGGCGGCGAACGCGGCCACGCCGGUCAUCACCGUCACCACCGACGGCAUCCACUGGAAGCUGCGCCAGGUCACCUCGUUCAAGACGCACGAGCAGGAGUUCGACAUCGGCGCCGAGCAGGAGAUGACCACGCCCGACGGCAGGAAGGUCACGAGCGUGGUGACCAAGGACGGGGACACGCUGACCGAGAAACAGACCGGAGGCGGCAAGGUGUCGACGCUGGUGCGGAAAUUCACCGACGACGCCAUCGAGAUGACGGUAUCCUGCGAUGACGUCGUUUGCACGAGGGUGUACAAGCGGCAGUGACGCGUCCCUUGCGACCCCCCACCGAGGUGCGAUGUCCUGCGGCCAUCAUCCGCCGAACGGGAUGAGACUGGCGGCCCAGCGUCCAGUCUCUGUCUGCUGGCGGCCCAGCGUCCAGUCUCUGUCUACUGGCGGCCCAGCGUCCAGUCUCUGUCUGCUGGCGGCCCAGCGUCCAGUCUCUGUCUGCUGGCGGCCCAGCGUCCAGUCUCUGUCUACUGGCGGCCCAGCGUCCAGUCUCUGUCUGCUGGCGGCCCAGCGUCCAGUCUCUGUCUACCAAUCUGCCAAUGGGGACGAGACUAGCCGCCAGGCAUCUACCGGUGCACCAAGGCUAGGGGAUGAACAGGCGCGGUGGCGUGCGCGCAUGCGUGACAAUACAUUUACAUACCUUUC